AUGCCGGCCAGGAGGAACCGCUACAACCUGGUGGACGACGUGGCCGACGCCAGGCUCCCGCUGCAUAACGACGAGGCAUACCGGCAUGGCAUCUCCUUCCAAGCCAAGUAUGUGGGGAGUCUGGACGUGCCACGGCCCAACAGUCGCAUGGAAAUUGUGGCAGCUAUGAGGAGGAUUCGGUAUGAGUUCAAGGCCAAGAACAUCAAGAAGAAGAAAGUCAACAUGGUGGUGUCUGUGGACGGUGUCAAGGUGCUGUUAAGGAAGAAACAAAAGAGGAAAGAGUGGACGUGGGAUGAAAGCAAGAUGCUCAUCAUGCACGACCCCAUUUACAGGAUUUUCUACGUGUCGCACGAUUCCCAGGACUUGAAAAUCUUCAGCUACAUCGCCCGAGACGGCUCCAGCAAUUCCUUCCGCUGCAACGUCUUCAAAUCCAAAAAGAAGACGCAGGCCAUCCGCAUCGUGCGGACGGUGGGUCAGGCAUUCGAGGUUUGCCACAAGCUGAGCCUGCAACACGCCGAGCAGGACGCCGACGGGCAGAGUGACCGGUCGGCCGAGGGCUCAGCGCGUGGUGGUAAGGGCGGACGCCGGACUCUGUCAGGGGCGGAGGACAGUAAAGGAGGAAGAGGAGGACUCCAGGAGCAGGAGGAAGAGGAUGCGGCAGCCGACUCCACGCUCUGCGAAAAGACACUAGGUGACAUCCUUCAGAGUCUGGCUGAGCUUAGCAUAGUCAAGCCGGGGCACACCGUCAUGGACUUUUCUGGACGGUCUUUGUUUACGGUGACAUCGCAGGGCGUGGCUCCUAUCAGCCCUGGCUCGGCCUCAGGCUCGCUGGCGGCGCGCCACCAUUUGCAGCUCCUUCAGCAGCAGCUGCAGCAGCAGCAGCAACACACGCAGGUGGCCGUUGCUCAGGUGCAGCUACUGAAGGAUCAAAUGGCAGCUGAGAGCGCCGCCCGCAUGGAGGCGCAGGCGCGCUCGCACCAGCUGCUCCUGCAAAAUCGUGACCUGCUUCAGCACCUGGCCCUACUGGUGCAGCAGCUCCGGCAGCUGGAGGCCGGAACCGGCCAAGGGGCGGAGCCUCGGCCGUGCCAGACGCCGCCACUCAACGGAUGCGCGGUUUCCACAUCGGCGAAGCGUCUGUCUCUUUCACUCGAUCUGAAGAAGCUCAUCACCUCGACUCCCGCGCUGUCACCCGAGGACACGAGCAACUCCGAGUCGGUCCCGCUCAGCCUGGAAGACUGCUGCGAUCCCUUCUGUGAGGCGGCCGACGGCGGAGACGUCGCCACGUCCGACCGAGCGCUCGCCGUCACAUCGAGGAGGGUGUCUGUCGUCGAGGAAAAGUAUCAAGCGCCCAUCCCAAAGCUGGACCCGCCUCCUGCUUCCUCCAAUCGGAAGCGAGCCAGCCGCACCUUGUCCCCGGGUUCCAUCCGGGACUCCGUCCCGAGUCUUCCCGGCUCCAGCCCGCCCGGUAGCGGCGGCCUCCUCUUCUGCUUCGCGGACGCCACGCCCGGUUCGCUAUCGCUAAGCAGCUCCUGCUCGGCUAGCGACGACUCCGGCGUCAAGUCGCUGCUGUCGCCGCCGCGGGAUGACGAUGACGGCGAUGCGGCGAGCGACCGUGGGACUUUGAUGACUCCGGUCCACAACGGGAGUCCGGUCUCGGCACCCGCCGACGAUACCUGCCUUCAUAUCAGCUUCUCCGAAGACGAGCUUCUGGAAAACUGCCAGGAAGACCACACCGUCCCUCAACGGAGUUAA